AUGGCGCUAUUCGGCACGUACAUCAUCGUCUUUUUCAGGAGGAAUCUGGCUCCCAAUCCCGCCCCGAGCGACAUGCCACAACCCGGACUCCUGAAUGAGGUUGAAACUCCUACGAUUGCAACCCCGCUUCCUCCCCCGCCUUCAGCACAUGUUGCGGGUACCCCCGAGCCCUACCCGAGCAGCUUGGCUACCCAUCAGGUCUACCCCAGCAACCUGGCUACCCUUCAGCCCCAUGCUACCAACGCGGCUACCCCACCUGAAACCCUUCCCCAGCUCCAUCAAUCCAAUGCCGGUGGCAUUCCAAUGCUGUACACUGCCGACGGCGUGCCCGUUGCCCAGUUCAUCCCCCAGCUAUCGGGAGGGUCUGCCAGUCCGUUCGCUCCUCCGUUCCCGACCCGCAACAUGUUCCACGGAAUGGAACCAAGCGCCGGAGUUCUGCCGCCCGGCGCAGGUGUACCUCAUUCCCAGUUCAUUCCCCGGCCGCCCGUUGGCACCCUCAACCCUUUCGCUCAGCGUAUUCAGAGCCAGACGAGUGAGACAAGCUUCGGCGGACGCCAGGCCGCCACAGACGACAGCACGCCUGCGGCGUAUCAUAGCGGCAAGGGUGUGGACAGUGUGGCGGGAAUGGUUUAA